UCCUCUCAUGCUAUCUACUGAACACAAUUUGCUUUCGUUUGUUGUUGUUGUUGUUGUUUCUGUUCCUUCUCUUGUUCCUUAAACUCUUUGUUUCAAACAUCCUUAGAAAAGGUAAAAAUUUAAAAAAAAGAAAAGAAAAUGGUGGCUGUGGUUUCCCAAGAAAAUGUUGCGGCAUUGGUUUCUCGUACCGGUAGGGAGUUGCAACGUUAUAGAAAAGGUCGUCGCCAAGUUGUGGGAUGCAUACCGUACAGAUUUAAGAUUGGGGAGAAGACUUCCUUGGAUGUUGUUUCUGAUGAAUUGGAAGUUCUGGUUAUUAGUUCCCAGAAAGGAAAAGGGAUGCUAUUUCCAAAGGGAGGCUGGGAAUUAGACGAAUCAAAAAAGGAGGCAGCUUUGAGAGAAACCAUGGAGGAAGCUGGGGUGCGAGGCAUUGUUGGGGGUAAAUUGGGCAAAUGGAGUUUCAAGAGCAAGACUCAUGACACUUUCUAUGAAGGCUACAUGUUCCCUUUACUUGUUCAAGAACAAUUGGAGUUCUGGCCAGAGCAAAACGUUCGUCAAAGAAUAUGGAUGAGCGUCACAGAAGCAAGGGAAGUUUGUCAACACUGGUGGAUGAAGGAAGCUCUAGACAGACUUGUAAAUCGUCUCUCUGGUCAAAAACAACUUGGUCAUUAUCGUGAUAAUAAGCGAGUUCUUGGAUCUAUGAACUGCAAAGGAGAUGCCAAAUCUGCUUCUGUAAAUAGUGUAGCAUCUUUGGAGGGUAGAGCUCAACUUUUUUGAGGAGUAGGAUCCAGAAGAAUUGAGCCAAAUCAUAGUAUAUAAAAAUAAUAAUAGAUAGUAGAUCACAUAGAAGUUGGUGAUUCCCCCUAUUUUUUUUCCCUUUAGAAAGGGAAUUUACAUCUAUGUGUGGGAAUUCACUAUAUCUGUAUUAUUGUGAGGCUUGUGGGAUACCCAUUAGUCCACAAACGAAUUGCUCUCUUUUUUCUAGCAACAGAGUUGUGAUAAUGUUAAGAAGGGGAAUAAGGCUUUGUUAAAAUAUGAGAAGAUCCAACUUUUAUUCCAACUAUUCA